AUGGGUCCCAAUAAGAUUAAUCCAAGAGUACUGAAGGAGCUAGCAGAUGUUACAGCAGGACCCUUCUCAAUCAUCUACCGGAGGUCCUGGGAAUCUGGAGGGGUCUCCACUGACUGGAAGCUAGCUAGCGUUAUUCCAAUUUACAAGAAGGGCAUGAGAGAAGACCCAGGAAACUACAGACCCAUUAGUCUAACCUCAGUUCCUGGAAAAAAUAUGGAGGAGAUUAUACUGGGUGCUAUUGAAAGACGUUUAAAGAACAAUGCAAUCAUCAGUCACAGUCAACAUGCAUUCACAAAAGCAAAGUCCUGUUUGACUAAUUUGAUAUCCUUCUAUGAUAAGGUCACCCGCCUAGUGGGUGAUGGGAAGCAUAAAGCCAAGGUAGAAGCAAUGACCUUAGACCUUGCUUCUCUUCAGAGUGUGCAGCACUUUGCUGAAGCAUUCAAAUCCAAGAAUGUGCCUCUUCACAUCCUGAUCUGCAAUGCUGCCGUGUUUGGUGCUCCCUGGUGCUUGACGGAGGAUGACCUGGAGUCCACCUUCCAGGUGAACCACUUGGGACAUUUCUAUCUUGUCCAGCUUCUGGAAGACGUUUUACGCCGCUCAUCUCCUGCUAGGGUUGUGAUAGUGUCCUCUGAGUCACACAGAUUUACAGAAAUUAAAGACUCCUCUGGAAAACUUGAUUUCAGCCUGCUUUCUCCAUCUAAGAAGGACUAUUGGGCUAUGUUGGCCUACAAUCGUUCCAAGCUUUGCAAUAUACUGUUCUCCAACGAGCUGAACCGACGCCUUUCUCCCCAUGGGGUGACGUCUAAUUCAGUCCAUCCUGGAAAUAUGAUUUACUCCUCCAUUCAUCGUAACUGGUGGGUGUAUACCCUGCUGUUUACCUUGGCUCGACCUUUCACCAAAUCCAUGCAACAAGGAGCUGCCACAACUGUCUACUGCGCCACGGCUGCGGAGCUGGAGGGCCUGGGAGGGAUGUACUUCAACAACUGCUGCCGCUGCCUGCCGUCGCAGGAGGCGCAGGGCGACGCGACGGCCGCAGCCCUGUGGGAGCUGAGUGAGAGGCUGAUCCAAGAACGAAUUGGCAGGCAGUCCAAAUAACAGGGAGCUCCUGGAAGGAUCAAAACACACCAAGUGUGUGCACGCUCGAAAACUGCCAACGCUGGAACCUGUCCAAUCUUAUCAUCUAGAGGGUUUCCAUAUACCUCAGAUACAGAUUAACCAGUGUUAAAUGAAAUAAUAGCAGUCACAACAUAGUGAAAAAUGUUAAGUACUAAUGGGAAAUGGGGAAUACUGUGGGUUAAAGGGACAAUGCGGCUUCCUGGGGCUUAGUUAGUCUUGGUUCUCUUUCUUUUGAUUAUAGCCUGUUCAAAGUGUAACCCAAGGAGGCAUCUUUUGUCUUAUUUUAGAAAAGCAAUGCUGCAGAUAUUUUCUGUUGUUUUGAUUAAUGGGUAGGUAUGUAGCCCAAUAUGGGAUUUCCUCUUUAUUUUGAUAAUUACUGCCUGUUAGGCUUUAGGCAUUGACUGGGAGAUGGUAGUUGUGUUGAUUCUUUUUCCCUCCAAGGCCCUUUGGCAAAUAAAAAGAUUAUUAAGGAAAGAAAUCUUUCCUGCCCUUGGCUGCUGGCUGCAAAUACAUCUAUCUGCGCUGUCUAGAAAAAGAAGGUGCAAGAAGACAACUAAACAGAAAUGGUAAAGUCACAGCUAAUUAAAUAUUUCUGUUUUUUUUCUUAAAAGAUUAUAAUAAAAGAUGUGUUGUAAACCAUUCCCUAAAUACCGUCGAGUUAGCAAAGAUGAUGUUGUCUCCUUAAGAACACACAGGGUGUAAUCAGGGGUUUAAAUGGUAUUUCCAUCCAUUUCUCAGUUCACAGUUUUAAAGAGGGUUUUUUUUUCUUUCAAAGUUCACAGUUUCUCAGUUCUCCUGAUACUGUAUCCCAUUCCAAAUAUCUUUUUUUCUUUCAAUUUAAAUUCAAUAAAACAACAUGCUUGCUUGAAUAUUGUCACCUGAAGAGAAAGUUUGUCUCAUUUCUGCAAAUGUCUUAGUUCCAAUUUUUUUUUUUUUAGAAAAGAAAACUUGAGGAAAAAUAAAGAGCUUCUUGUUGAUGCCAAGAAAA